UCUCCACCUCCUUCCACUUCGACCGAGAAGUUGUUGGCGCGAGUGGAUCCCCAUCCCCGGUAACGGAUUCCCCAGCCCGCCGGCCUGAGCGCCCGCGCUUUAACCCUUGGGCUGCGAUGGAUAUUCGGAAAUUCUUUGGGGUUAUACCAAGUGGAAAGAAACCUGCGAGUGAGACAGUAAAGAAGAAUGAGAAAACAAAGUCUGCAGAAGAAACUUUAAAAGCAAAGAAAGGAAUAAAGGAAAUCAAGGUAAAUAGUUCUUGUAAAGAGGAUGACUUUAAACAGAAGCAAUCAAACAAGAAAAAGAGGAUCAUCUAUGAAUCAGACUCAGAACCAGAGGAGACAGUGCAGGAAAAAAAUGCCAAAAAGCAACCAGAAAAAUUGCCAUUGUCUCCCAAACCUGGCAAAAUUCUACGACAGCACCCUGUCACCUACAUUUCAGAAACAGAUGAAGAAGAUGACUUUACGUCUAAGAAGGCAGCCUCUAAAUCAAAAGAGAACGGACGGUCUACAAAUAGUUACCUUGGAGCAUCAACCAUGAAGAAGAAUGAAGAAAACACUAAGACCAAGAAUAAGCCUUUAUCACCAAUAAAACUUAGCCCCACCUCAGUGCUUGAUUAUUUUGGAACUGCAAGUGUCCGAAGAUCAGACAAGAAGAUGGUGGCAAGCAAGCGAAAAGAGCCUUCACAAAACGCAAAUGAUUCCAGACUGAAUGAUGAAGCCAUUGCCAAGCAAUUGCAACUUGAUGAAGAUGCAGAGCUGGAGAGACAACUGCACGAAGAUGAAGAGUUUGCCAGAACAUUAGCCAUGCUGGAUGAAGAACCUAAGAAGAAAAAGGCUCUAAAGGACCCAGAAGAGAGAGAAACAUUCUCAUCUGUCCAGGCCAAUUUAAGUAAAGCAGAGAAACAUAAAGAUCCUUAUAAAGGGUUUGUGGCUUUCAGACUAUAUUACAGAGUUUUAUGUGACAUUAUAACCAGAAAAACAGAACAGUUUCUGAAUGAAAAGAAGAACUACAGUCCUAAGAAGCAAACUAAAUGUAAAAGUUCCAAAGAAUCUCAGCAACAUUCCAAGUCAUCACCUCACAAAAUGGGAGAGACUUCUCCCAAAGCUAGUACCAAGCUGGCGCUUUUGAAAAAGAAGGGAGAGAGUUCUUCUAAAGAAACAGAGCCUGUGGCCACAAAAAGAAAAGAAAGUGCCAUUGAACUGAAAGAAACAAAAAGUCCUAAGAAAAUGAAAAGUUCUCCCACUAAAAAAGAGUCUGUAAGUCCUGAAGAUUCUGAAAAGAGACGCGCUAAUUAUCAAGCAUAUCGAAGUUACUUAAAUCGAGAAGGUCCCAAAGCUCUAGGCUCCAAGGAAAUCCCGAAGGGAGCUGAAAAUUGCUUGGAAGGCCUCACAUUUGUGAUCACAGGAGUGCUGGAGUCCAUCGAACGAGAUGAAGCCAAGUCUCUGAUUGAACGUUACGGAGGCAAAGUGACCGGAAAUGUCAGCAAGAAAACAAACUACCUCGUCAUGGGUCGUGACAGUGGACAGUCCAAGCGGGACAAGGCAGCAGCCUUGGGGACAAAAAUUAUUGAUGAGGAUGGCCUAUUGGAUCUGAUCCGAACCAUGCCAGGCAAGAAGUCCAAAUACGAAAUAGCAGUUGAAGCUGAGAUGAAUAAAGAAAAGUCCAAAUUGCAGAGAACACCCUCAAAAAAUGACCAAGGGAAAAGAAAAAGUAGUCCGACUAAGAACGAAUCAGAAUCCAAGAGGUGCAGACUGACUCCCAGAAAGGACGGCUGUGUGAAGUCAGUGAGAGAGGAAGCAGGUGUGUCUCCGAGAGGCCUGGGCUUCAAGGAGCAGGUGGCGGAGCAGACACGUGGUGAUGGCCGCGCUGGGCAAGCGGCUGAUGGCAACGGGGAAGACAAAGUGGCCGCUUUGCUCUGGGUGGAUAAGUACAAGCCAGCCUCGCUCAAGGCCGUCAUCGGACAGCAGGGUGACCAGAGCUGCGCCAACAAACUCCUACGCUGGCUCCAGAACUGGCACAAGAGCCCAUCGGAGGACCAGAGACACGCAGCGAAGUUUGGUAAAUUUGCUGGCAAAGACGACGGCUCCAGUUUUAAAGCGGCGCUGCUCUCAGGCCCCCCAGGUGUUGGCAAAACCACCACGGCCUCCCUGGUUUGUCAGGAAUUGGGAUAUAGCUACGUGGAACUGAAUGCAAGUGAUACUCGGAGUAAGAACAGCUUGAAGGAGAUUGUUGCUGAGUCACUGAGCAAUACCAGCAUCAAAGGCUUUUAUUCAAGCGGAGCAGCCCCUUCAGGAAGCACGAGACACGCCCUCAUCAUGGACGAAGUGGAUGGCAUGGCGGGCAGUGAGGACCGGGGAGGCAUUCAGGAAUUAAUUGGUCUGAUAAAACAUACAAAAAUUCCCAUUAUUUGCAUGUGCAAUGACAGAAAUCAUCCCAAGAUUCGCUCUUUGGUUCAUCAUUGUUUUGAUCUUCGUUUUCAAAGACCUCGGGUUGAACAGAUUAAGGCUGCCAUGUUGUCUAUUGCGUUUAAAGAGGGCUUGAAGAUUCCCCCUCCAGCUAUGAAUGAAAUAAUUUUGGGAGCCAAUCAAGAUAUCAGACAGGUCUUACACAACCUGAGCAUGUGGUGUGCGCAGAGUAAGGCCCUGACCUACGACCAGGCCAAGGCCGAUUCCCACAGAGCCAAGAAGGAUGUCAAACUGGGCCCAUUCGAUGUUGCCCGGAAAGUGUUCGCAGCUGGAGAGGAGACCGCUCACAUGUCACUCAUGGACAAGUCAGAUCUCUUUUUUCACGAUUACUCGAUAGCGCCCCUCUUUGUCCAGGAGAACUACGUACACGUGAAGCCUAUAGCUGCGGGGGGAGACAUGAAGAAGCACCUGAUGCUUUUAAGCCGAGCGGCAGAUAGCAUAUGUGACGGCGACCUGGUGGACCGGCAGAUCCGGAGCCAGCAGAACUGGAGCCUUCUGCCCACACAGGCCAUUUAUGCCAGCGUUCUCCCCGGAGAGCUGAUGAGGGGCUCUCUGAGCCAGUUCCCCUCCUUCCCCAGCUGGCUGGGCAAGCACUCGUCCACGGGCAAGCACGACCGCCUCGUCCAGGACCUCGCGCUGCACAUGAGCCUCCGAACUUACUCCAGCAAAAGAACUGUAAAUAUGGAUUAUCUGUCACAUAUAAGGGAUGCGCUUGUACGGCCCUUGACCUCACACGGGGUAGAAGGAAUACAGGAUGUUGUUGCCCUUAUGGAUGCAUAUUAUUUGAUGAAAGAAGACUUUGAGAAUAUCAUGGAAAUUAGCAGCUGGGGAGGCAAGCCUAGUCCCUUCUCCAAGCUGGAUUCCAAGGUGAAAGCAGCCUUUACCAGAACUUAUAAUAAGGAGGUCCACCUGACUCCGUACUCACUCCAGGCAGUGAAGACACCCAGACACAGCACAGGCCCGGCGCUGGACUCCGAAUACAGUGAAGAGUUACCUGAAGACGACUCGCAGUCUGACGAGAAGGACCAAGACUCUAUGGAGACCGAUGCUAUGAUCAAGAAAAAGACAAAAGCUUCAAAGCCUUCAAAAUCAGAAAAAGAUGAGUCCAGAAAACGAAAAGGAAGAAGUGCAAAGAAAUGAAACCAUUUUUUACUACUGACAGUCACUUUGUACUCACCAUGUUGACCAGUCUGGCUGGUCUAGAGGAUGCCUUGUUUUUCCAAAGGAAAGCGAGUGGGGCAGCCGAGUGGGGUCCCAUUAUAAGUAAAUGGUGGCACUGCUAGCAAGAUGUAACCAGUAGGUGAAUGUACACCUCUCAUAGAGGUUGGUCGGACUGCCCGGGUCCUCCACUGGCCCCCGUCAGCCUAAGCCUGACUCGACUGUGCUGCGACGUGCCCAAGAACAGCGGUACUAAGGCGACUUGUAAGCUUAACAGUGUAUCCUAACAGCCUUUAUAGGCCCAAUGCUGAUUUUUUUAAAGCUAGUUACUAUUAUGUGGUGAAAUUUUGUAAAUAAAUCAUAGUACAAAACAAUCACCACCUA